CAGGCAGGCAGGCAGGCAGGCGGGCAGACACAGUGCGGACGAGCUGAAGUGGAUCCGGGAUGCGAGCAGAUGCCGCUGGACCAUGAGAGAAAGUGGAGUCAGACGCACUGAGCCGCAGCGAUAAGACAGCGCGCCGCAAAAUGAAGACACCUAUGCGCCAUGGGGUAGCCGUGCUUCUCGUGCUUCUCCUGUGCGCCAGCUUGUUCCUGGUGUACAACGGCAACUUCAACAGCGCUUCCAGGGACGCUAACGACACGCACAUCCGACAGCAUGAACAGCUGCGGCGGCCCACUGAAGCCUCCGUUAGGAUGGCCAAACCUCACCCCCCGGUCCUCCAGGGAUACAGUGGCAUCAUCGACCAUAAGCCUCUCAAGAUGCACUGCAAGACCUGCGCCCUGGUGACCAGCUCAGGUCACCUCAUCGGAGGCGGUCGGGGUGAAGAGAUCGACCAGGCCGAGUGUGUCAUUCGCAUGAAUGAUGCUCCCACCGCCAGGGGUUACGCCCGUGACGUCGGCCGCCGCACUUCCCUGCGCGUCAUCGCUCACUCCAGCAUGCAGCGGGUCCUGCGCAGUCGCCACGAGCUGCUCAACGCCAGCCAGGACACGGUGUUCAUCUUCUGGGGCCCCAGCAGCUACAUGAGGCGUGACGGGAAGGGCCUGGUGUACAACAACCUGAGGCUGAUGAACCAGGUGCUGCCCAAACUCAAAGUCUACAUCAUUUCCUGGCAGAAGAUGCUGCAGUUUGACGAGCUCUUCAAGAAGGAAACUGGCAAGGACAGGAGGAUAUCAAACUCCUGGCUGAGCACCGGCUGGUUCACUAUGACCAUUGCCCUCGAGCUGUGUGAUAGGAUCAAUGUCUACGGCAUGGUUGCCCCUGACUUCUGCAGGGAGCCUCAGCACCACUCCGUGCCCUACCACUAUUACGAGCCACGCGGCCCAGACGAGUGUGCCAUGUACAUAUCCCAUGAGCGCGGGCGGCGUGGCAGCCACCACCGUUUCAUUACGGAGAAGCGUGUCUUCGCUAACUGGGCACGGACGUUUGACAUCCACUUCUACCAGCCGGACUGGAGCCCCCCGCCGCUUCCAGCCAACCGCACAUUGGAGGGAACAGUCAGUGCAGCACCCCUGGUACACCAUAAGACGUGACUGGUGUUGUGGUGAAGAAAACGCUUGAGAGAUUCAUCUCAGAUGGACUGAGGAUGAGGAAAGGAAGGACAAUAUGGGUCUGUUUGCACUGAGGGUUACUGGACCCAUAACCGAAAGAAGAAAACAUGAAGUAGACGAGCAAAAUAGUGAACACAGAAGAAGAUUGAGUCUUGUCGAUCCUGCUGGACAUUGGUUACAAACAUUUCUCCAGCUCAACCACUGCAGCUCUAACAGUGUGUUUUGUUUACGGAGUUCAAAGUUGUACAUCCCCUUUUUGAAAAACCUUUGUGAAAUGAGGUUGUACAAGGACGCAACAUCAUUACACUCUCCACUCUCGAUGCAUGCAUGCAGUGUCUUACUGUCAAUCCUCCCAGUAUUUGUGCAUUAUGUGUGUGUGAGUGUGUUUGUAUACAUAUAGUGUGUUUACCAGAGGGAUCACAGAGGACACAGACUUGAGUUUGAGCUCCCCACAAAGCCUCUGUUGGAUGAAGGAUCUAUGCAGGAUUCACUGUUUACAGUUCAUUGAAAAAAAAAACAUCAUUACAAUGCCCAUAAUCAAAUAAUAUAGUGCUGGAUAAAGCAUAGGCUGAAUACUAAUAAUGUAGCUUCAGUUAAAUUUGGCUAUUUGAGAAAGUAUGAAUAUCAUAGCUAAAAUGUUACAUUCAUCAGUGGUUUUCAAAGAUUGAAGAGGUCAAGUUCAAUGAGAUUCUUCAGGCCCCGCUGUCGUGCAACAAAGGCUCAAACUCCAUCAAAGCAUAUUUAUAAAUCACUUCUCCAACUUUCAUUUAUACCUCCUUUCUAUUGUGUGCAUUGUAAGCUCACCAAUGUCACCCAAGUCAACCUUUGCGGUGCAGCACUUCCUGGCUGAAUGACAAGUGUGGCACAUUCACGGGGAGGUUUUAUCUCAUGUGCGCACCUCCUCAGCCCCGUACGUAUGUAUCAUAAGGCUCUGUCAGCUCCUGUCAUCAGUUAAUAGUGCGAUUUAUAUAGCUACACGCUGUAUUUUCAUGUAAAUGCACAGCCAUGUCACACCAGACAAGUGGGAGAUUAAGAUCGAGAGCAGGGAUGCAGCAGCGGCAUCCAUCCUACUAUAUUCAUCUGCUGCCGCCUCUGUGAGCCUGAAUCGCCUCGCAGGAGAAUAACAGUUUGGAAGAACACUGGGUUUUCUUUUUUUGUUAACCUGAUGAGUAUGUGAUCUGUCACUCUCUCCUCUCUCAGUUGUGUCUUAUGUGUGCACUCCUCUCAUUUGAUGGAGUAUAUGCUUCAUGUAGACUGACCCUUUCUCUCCCUGAGAUCCUUUAUUUUCCUUCUCCUUUCUCUCCUUGUCCAUGAAUAAGAAUCAGGUGUCAGUCAGGAGAAAGUGAUGAGACGUGUGGUUAUCUUAAUGAUACAACCUGGUGCUAAGUCCCUAUUGAUUUUGCCCUCAUCUCUGUAAUGUGAGUAAUGAGAGGAGAUGCUUUGGGUCAGAUACAUAGGUACUCACGCCACAACAACUCACAUCAUGUUUCCUCGGUGGAGAUGAGGACACGAUUGCCUCUCAUACAUCACCAACAGCUGCAGCUGCGCAGGAGCGGUGCUACUGUAUGUUGCCUGGCUGUGCAUCCACGGGGACUUUGUACAACAGGAAAGACCAAGAUAUGUGUUUGUUUUUCAGAGACUGAUCUGGGAACAGCUGUGUGCCAUGGUACUGUAUGUAUUAGCAAAGUGAUAAGCACUUGAAUAUUUUAGGUUACUGCCUAAUUAAAUCUGUACCAGUCAUAGUAUGUUUUUUAAGGCUAUACUUCUGAUAAUUUUCAUUAUCAGUUAAUUGUUAGGACUAUAAGAUGUCAAGAAAUUGUGAAAAACAUUGAUCACAAGUUUCCAGAGACUGAGGUGACAUUUUCAGAUUGUUUUUGUCUGAAAAUCAGUCAAAAACUCAAAUAUAUUCACUUUACAAUGAUAUAGAAGCAUUAAAUCCUAACAUUUGAUGAGCUUAAACCUGUGAAAGUCUUCGUAUUUUUGAUUGAUCAAUUAUCAAAAUUGUUGCAGAUUGAUUUUCUGUUGCUUGACUAAUAGACUACUCAUCUUAGCACUAAUGUCAGUCUGUUUUCUGUCCUUUUUCGUUUUGCACAUGAUGGAAAUGUCAUUCCACUUAUAAAUAAAAAUACUUUUUAUUAGUGGUCUUGUAUUCAGCAGUUUCUAAAUCAAACAGUGACAGAAUGGUAAAAAUUUAAGCAACUAAAAUUGAAGCAUUAUUUCUGUAUUUGUAUCUCAAAGCAACCAGAAAUGAAGAUGAAACACUGAGGUUUUGUGGAGGAUGUGAGACCAGUGCGUGCAAGUAGCUCUAUCUACACGACACACCCAUUUGGUUAGGUUUAGGCAUGAGCAGUGAGAUGGUUAGGGGUCAGGGGUCAGGUGGAUGUGUCUCGUAGCAUGCAGUUACAGUGGCAACAUCAGGGGGUGUGUGUCGUGUAGUAAAGUGGGCAUGUCAUGUAAUAAAGUGGGUGUGUGUGUAAGACUGCAAGACUGCAGAUAGACCCUUCUCGG